UCUCUUAUCCAAACUAAAGGACCUCCCCUUCCCUCGCUCUCUCGAUGUGUCCCUGCAUUCAUUGAAGGCCAAACCUUCGCCUCGGUAACAUCCUCUCUCUCUCUCUCUCUGUAUCCAUUGAAGGCCAAAACUUUGACAUCACCUCAGACGGACAAGAUACUGAAGCAUGGCGGUAGCUGUACAGUCUUUUAGUUCACCUUGCUACCGUGAUACACAGUUCAUCUCUGGCAAUAGGAGUAACCGAAAGCUUCUUAGAAAGAGGAUGGUUGAUUCUGACACCAUAGUUCUGGUGAAGAUUUGUUCCGGGGCUCGAGGUAAAAUUCAUUGCAGUUUGAAAGCGAGAUUUUCAAGUCCUUCCUCCGGUUACAAGUCAGGAUUGUCUAAGGGAAGACCUCCAUUUGAGGCAUUAACAUUGUGGAACAAACUAAAAGAGCAGAGCCGACAAUCCUUGUUAAAACUAGUGGGCAUCUUAGCUUGCACUUUCCUCAUAGUUCCAUCUGUUGAUGCUGUUGAUGCUCUCAAAACUUGUGCCUGCUUACUGAAGGAAUGCAGGAUAGAACUUGCCAAGUGUAUUUCUAACCCUUCCUGUGCUGCCAACGUCGCUUGUCUCCAGACCUGCAAUAACCGACCAGAUGAAACAGAAUGCCAGAUUAAGUGCGGAGAUCUCUUUGAGAACAGUGUCGUUGAUGAAUUCAACGAAUGUGCUGUCUCGAGGAAAAAGUGCGUGCCCAGAAAAUCCGAUCUGGGAGAGUUUCCUGCUCCUGACCCGGCUGUUCUCGUUAAGAGAUUCAACAUUGGGGACUUCAGUGGAAAGUGGUACAUAUCGAGUGGCUUGAAUCCGACCUUUGAUACCUUCGAUUGCCAGUUACAUGAGUUCCACACUGAAUCUGACAAGCUUGUUGGCAACCUCUCGUGGAGAAUACGCACCCCAGAUGGCGGGUUUUUUACGAGGUCGACAGUGCAAAAAUUUGUGCAAGACCCAAACCAGCCCGGCAUUCUUUACAAUCAUGACAAUGAGUACCUUCACUAUCAAGAUGACUGGUAUAUCCUGUCUUCUAAAGUAGAGAACGGACCCGAUGACUACGUUUUUGUGUAUUACCGAGGAAGAAACGAUGCUUGGGAUGGCUAUGGUGGUGCAGUUGUGUACACAAGAAGUGCAGUCUUACCCAAUAACAUUGUACCAGAACUCGAAAGAGCAGCAAAAAGCGUCGGCCGGGACUUCAGCAAGUUCAUCAGAACAGAUAACACUUGUGGACCUGAGCCUCCGCUCGUGGAGAGAAUAGAGAAGACGGUGGAAGAAGGGGAGAGAACGAUCAUUAGGGAAGUCGAACAGAUCGAAGGGGAGGUGGCGAAAGUGGGAGAGACCGAGAUGACUUUGCUUCAGAGGUUGGUCGAAGGGUUUAAGGAACUGAAGCAAGACGAGGAGAAUUUCUUGCAAGGUUUGAACAAAGAAGAGAUGGAGCUGUUGAGUGAACUGAAAAUGGAAGCAAGUGAAGUUGAGAAACUAUUUGGCAAAGCAUUGCCUAUUAGGAAGCUGAGGUAAUAAGAAGAAACCCAGACUUCAAGAACACUCACAUACAUACAUACAUAUAUAUAUAUAUGUCUACAUUCAUUUUGCAGAAUGCAUGUUUAACAUUCAUUA